AUGGCCGAGGAGCAGCCCAAGCGUCUCUCGCAGUCGCCGACCGGCGAAAGCAGCAAGAAGUCCGCUCCCAACUGCCUGCUCUCCGGCGCCGGGGUGAAGGAAGAACCGGGGGAGGGAGAGGUAGCCCUCGGCGGCGGAGGAUCGCGCGCAGGAGCUGCGGCGGCCGAGCAGGCCGGUCCAGCCGUGGAGCGGCCGCGGAUCGACAUCAGCAUCGAGGCGCAGCUGCUCCACUGUGCCGUCGCCGAGUGCAACCGCCCCCUCAAGCCUCCCAUCUUCAAGUGCGAGGCCGGCCACCUCCUGUGCGGCGCCUGCCGCGGCGACCGCGGCGACGAGGGCCUCUGCCGCAGGUGCGGCGGCGGCGCCGCCUUCACCCACUGCGGCCCGGAGCUGGACCUAUUCGUCGGCGACGCCAGGGUGCCGUGCCCCUUCAAGGCGUACGGCUGCGACCUCUCCGUCGUGUACCACGCCACGGCGGUGCACCAGGAUGCGUGCGCCUACGCGCCCUGCCACUGCUCGGUGCCCGGGUGCCCCUUCACGGCGUCCCCGCCGCGGCUCCGCGACCACCUCGCCUAUGACCACGCCUGGCCGCUCGACCGGCUCCCGGGCUACGGCAAGCCCCUGCAGCUCCGCGUGCCCGCCGCGGCGGGGCCGCACCGCCUCCUGGUCGUGGAGGGCGACGAGCGCCGCCUGUUCGCGCUGUCCGUGCGCCCGCGCGGCGCGGCCAGCCUCGCCGUGUCGGUUUCGUGCGUCCGGACGGCCGCCGCCGCCGGGGCCGGCCCGCGGUUCACGUGCAUGCUCUGGGCGCAGGCGCCGGGCGCGCUCGCCGGCGGCAAGGGGCGGCGCCUGAUGAUGGAGGCGGACGUCGCGAGCUGCGCGGUGCCCGGCGGGACAGCCGCCGAGGAGGGGAUGGCGCUGUACGUGCCGCCGCCGAUGCUGCGCGGGCCGGCCAUGGAGAUGCACCUCAGGGUCCGCAUCGACGUCGUCGAUCCGGCUCCGACCUCGCCUCGCUCUGCUGACGCAUCAUCUCGCAAUGUUUAAUGUAUCAGCCCCGUUCUUGGCCUGAUUUGAUGCAAUGGGUGCAAGGUUUUUUAAUUCGUCGUCUUAGUUUAGUUGGAAGGA